AAAAUCUGAUUGGGUAUGUGCCUCGCUUGCUUUUUCUGAUUUUCUUCUCCAAUUGGAAGCAAUGCGUGUGGUUGUGUUAGUCGAGUGAGCACUUUGCGUAUUUCGUGUUUUAUAAUUUGUAUUUAUUUUGUUUUUUUACUCGUGGUUCGGCUAAUGAGCGCGCUGCUUGAUUUUGGGAGCCAUUGGAAAGAUUCGGACACAGAUUGCCUCACACCCAGUGAGACGAGGUGGGAGCUGGAGUGCGAGAUUGAGACGUUGCGGCUGUCAUGCGUGCGCAGUAUAAAAGCGCCGAGGACUUCACAGUUUAAUUACAACGAUCUCGAUCAGCGUCGUGUGCGUACACAGUUCUCGAGUUGAAGCCAAAUAGAUUCAUUCACUUUGCCAAUAAUGGGAAAACUCAGCUAUCUGUUCUGCAUUUGCCUGACGCUGAGCAGCGUCGCCGUCUGGGCCAUUGAGCUGCGCCCGGAGCUGGACUCUGGCCCGGUGGCAUACGAGUUCCACUGGCUGGUCAAUGAUCCGCACACGGGCGACAUCAAGAGCCAGAAGGAGACGCGCAAGGACGACAAGGUCGUAGGCCAGUACACGCUCGUCGACUCCGAUGGCUACCUGCGCACCGUCGACUACACAGCGGACGAUCACAGCGGCUUCAAUGCGAUCGUGCGCCGCGAGCCAACGGACAUCAAGAUACCACAGCCCUCGCCGGAGCCCAAGAAACUGAUUGCCGCCAAGCUCCUGACACCACUCACUCCCCUCGUCCACUAUGCUCCCAAGGCCAUACUGAAGUCGGCCGAGCCCUCCGAGGGCAACUAUGUGUCCGUAUCGGGACCCACGGCCCAAUACAAAUACUAAAUUGUGUUCAAAUCACAUUUUAGCCAAUCGAUCAUAACUUCGACUACAUUCCAAUAUCACGAACACGAACACGAGCACGAGCACGAGCACGAGCACGAGCCGUCAAGGAAUCUGCCAAUCUACUCGCAUGCGCCAGCCUAAUCAAUUGCCAAUUCAUUUUACAAGCCAUACUUAAGUUAUAUA